AAGUAACAGCACUCGAGAAAUAUCCAAAGAAUUACACUGGAUCUGGGCAACUUUGGAAGCUUUGAAUCAGAGUGUGAAACCUAUGUUAAACGGGAAUCGUAGUGUUAAACUUCAUACCGAAUAUGGCCUCCUUGCUCGUUCCCGUUAUAACGAAAAUCGGAGGGUCGGUUGCGCACCAGUUGAGUAAAGUGGCCGUGGACCAGCUGAAUGACGCGCUGAACAAGGUCGACCCGGACUCUAAAGAGGCCCGAGAGGUUGCUGCGUGGUACUACCUAACGUUCGACCAGAAAGUGGAGUUACGGAAUAUUGAGAACCGUCUGGAGGAAGCGAUUAUCGAUAUAAAAAAUUCCAUGGGCACCGAAACGGCCAAAUUGCAGGCAAUCCUCACGUAUAAACCAAUCGAUGACCGGCUGCAUUUGCUGUGGGAAGCACUACGCAAAAUGCGUGCAGCUGACGAAGCGACGUUCGCGGGACGACGCGACCAAUUCUGCCAGAUAUACCGCGAAAUUAAUCCGGAACAGUUAUUGAGUAUUUUAUGCAAGGAUAUCACGGAGAUCGGGGUCAACCGGCAAAUGUUGACGGCGAUGAUUGACAGAUGUGAUUAUGCGGUGUUCGAGAAAUGGUGCGAGAUUGUUAAGCUGGACGUGAUAAAAAUGUGUAUCUGCAUCCUUAUCUACUGCAACAUAGCCGCGGAAACCGACAAGACAUUCCAGAACAACGCGCAGAUGAUGAAAGAAGAUGUGGAGAACGCUGGGCGAAUGUCAAUGAGUAUUUUUGAAACUCUUGAACUUGCAAAAAUCAUUUCUAGUACUAAGUUCCUCCAAGGCAACGAAUCGGAAUUAAUAAAGAUGGUCGAUGGAUUUUUGAUUAAUGUCUGUGAGCUACAAGCCACUGGCAAUCAAGAGUGUGCUGGAGAAUUAGGGAAACAACUGGCUGAGAAGUAUUAUUGGAUGGACUGGGCUGUGGUGGUCUUCGAGAAUCCAACGGGCAAAACGCAGAAUAUUACACUAAACUGCAAUGGUCUCGCUGAUCAUGUCUUCUUGGCUGAAUCCGUCCAUUCCAAAAUGCUAACAUCUUGGAUGACACCUAACGCGGUGGAUAAGCCGACACACCGUGUAAUAUCAUCGGGCUGCCAUUACGGUUUACUACUUUGCCGGCGACAAUAUCAGUAUUCUCUGUCCGGUCGUCGGCAGCAUUUUGUUGCCGUUUUCUUUAAACGACGGGAUUAUACAAUUCUGCAUAAACCAGACCUUGACGAGAACUGGAUGAGGAUGUCCAUCGAGGAAGCUUUUCCGCCUAUCGAUGGCCUCAAGAUUACUGGCAGUCUGCUACGAGUAGGAACAAACAUGAAUGACGGAUAUUAUAACAGCGGGAAGCAGAGUAGUACGAGUUUGUGUAACGUGCGGCAUUCUAAACUGGAACUACGAAUUGAUUACGGAGAUGACACGCAGGAGGACCAACUGGGACUGUACCCGAUAAAAAAGCUUGAAUGGCUCCAACAUCUUACGGGCACAGCGCUCUCCGCCUGUAAGUUUCACGACCGAAAGAUCCAAGAGUGGUCUGCGUGGAGGAUACCUGGAACUACUGCAGGUUUGGAUCCGGCUUCAGUGGAUUUCCAGAUCCUUCUGAAAACUGUCUACGCCCAGUUUGAAUCAAGCGAUUUGCAAAAGGCGCUUGCAUGGAUGGUUAAGAACCGGGCGGACCGAUGGGGGAAGAGUAUAGCAGCGGUGUGCCGUGACGAAGAGCAGUUCCAUUGUUGGGCUAACACCGAUGAUAUCGAAGUACCGGAUACAGAGCGGCAAAGAAUCGAAGAUUGGUUGGUUAAUAUCUAUGACGAGACGGAUCCGACAGAAGGAGCGCUGUACUGCAAUGAUACGGAUAAGAAGCACUGGCCGUCAGUGUAUAUUGAGGGAAUACCAUUCCACGGGGAGCCAUAACGGACUGAAGGAUGACGCUUUAUGAAAAACGGAGAGUCACCAUAGAAGACUGGCAAAAUGCGGUUUUGGUGAUAACUAGUUUACAGACUAACAGUACUUUAAAUACGAUACUGUAAGCAACAAUUUAUAUAGACAUUAUUAAGUGGGCCGUCUGACAAAAAAUCGC